AUGUUAUACAGUAAGUUUAAAAUUUUAAAAGUUGAUUUAAAUAAUAAAAAAAAAAAAAAACAACUAACAAAAAAAAAAAAAAAAAAAUAUUUUUUACAAAAACAUAUUUUUAAAGAAUCAAUUUCAUCUUUAGGUAAUGUUAAAUCAAGCCAAAACAACUUCAAAUCAGUAAAUCAACUAUCCAAUCAAACACAACAAAGUGGAAACAAUGUUCAAAUAAAUACAGAUUCUAAUUUAAUUGAUCUUUCUCUAAAUAUCCUUGGUAUUGAUGUCCAAUUACACAUUUAA